AUGUUUGACAGAAACCCAUCUUUCCUCCACGCACUGCCCUCUCCCAUCGUCUCCCUUGCCACAGUACAGAUGGCAGGACGCGGCAGAGGCGGUAACGCGUGGCUUUCAACCUGCAGGGUGUUUGCAAAUGUCGCUCAAGGCCCCACAAUCCUCCCCACCAACCUCGUAUUCAUUCAAUACCUCUACGCACUAGCAAUCAUCGACACAUGUCACAUCCUGGACCCCGCCUCUGAAUGGGCCCACAAAGUCCGGAUGUCAGAUGCGCUGACGAACCACCUCAGUCACCCUAGUACGGCACUGCUAAACAUUCAUUUUGACACGUAUGAUACAGCAUCGCUUGAGAUCACUUUUCCCACAACAGGUAUCGUCGGAGUGGAUGCCAGAAGCCGAGGCGAAUUCAAAGUAACAAGGACGCCGGACGGAGGUAUAGGACGUCACCCGGGGCCCAUAACGUCUGUGGUAAGGGCUGAUUUCUGGCAGUUGAGGAGGGAGUCAUGCGGGCGCCUCUUGUCCUUCUUAUCCUUGCUUGCUGGCAAGCUUUUGCCCAACUUGAAGUUCGUCUCCCUCACCGAUGGGCAGGACGUCAAGUUGGAUUUGACUGGCGGCUACUAUGAUGUGGGCGGAUACGAUUUAGCAAACCAAACACCUUACCUUGAUGGCAUGCUCCGAUGCAGUCUUGACUGGCUGAGCCAUGAAAGCACACGCUGCCAACAAUACCUUGUUCGCCCAGAUAGCUAA